CUAUAAUACCAUUGACAUCUCCCUCGCUCUAAGCUCAGUUCGUUGACAAUUUGAGAAACAGCCAGGGAACCGAACCGAUACAGGUCAGCACUGCUGGGGGGCGACAGAGACAAAUGACGCUGGAGACAGGAUGAAUCCAGAGCAUUUCCACAGCGGAUCCACUGCAGAGAGAACCACUGUGAGUUCCUUGUUAAAGGUCUGGAAUUAUCCACUCUGCGGGGAAGAAAUGGCUGAGGGAAGGAAGAGAAGCGACUGAUUAUAACUCUAACCCACCGGACACGCUCAAAUGCUGUCGGACUCCUGAUUGUGCAACCAAGAAAAGGUACUAGAAAGUACCAAAGAAAAGAGAAGAAGAGAAAAGCAAACGAAAGCCAAAACACCAAUGUUGACAAAGUCUGGUUUGUUUUUGUCUUGGCUGGAAAGCCCCUCAACCUGCCCUGCGAGAACUCCAUUCACCGGUCUGCCGACCGCUCUGGGUAACACGUCUCCAGUGCUGCUCGCUCGGUCGUCAGGUAACACACAGAGAACUAUGUGAGCGCAAGAGCCGGCCUGUUUGGCAGUGACAUGGGGAGGGUGGCCUCUUGUCCAAGUGUCGCUGGACACACUUUACUUUGUUGAUGCAUGGUUCUUGGGCGGUGAGGCAAGGAGACCCCUGACUUGCCACCUGAUGGAAGCAGCAGUGACACGGUUAAUAGCUCCUCCUCGGGUUUGUUAGAGGGGGGAAAACAGCUGGGGGGCUGAGCAGAGGCUGCUCUUGCCUUUUGUCCCUGCUGUCGUAGCUUGUUUUCUUCCUCCACCCCCACUCACUCACACACUUCAUUCACAUCCUGCUUCUCCAACAUUCCUUUGAUUCCGCUCCAUUGAUCGUCGGUUUCUGUUAGUUCAGAUUGAGUCAAGUUGCACACCCCCCACCCCGCUCUGCUAAAUCACCCCUUACUCUCCUCCAUCCAUCUCCCCGCUCUCUCUCUGUCUCUGAUCUCCCUUUCUCUCUCUCUGUGCUUGCCAUAUCUCUACCAUUGUGUAAACCUCAGAUUAUUCCAGUCUCUUGUCAUUAUAUCUUCUCAGUCCAUUACCUCAUUAUUCAUUCUGCGAGGCCACUUUCCUGUGCACCUGUCUCGCUCUGCCAUCCCCUGACGUAAAAGAGAGAGGCAAGACUCCCCUCUCCUCCCCCUUACCCUCAUCCUAUUACUACCACCGGGAUUAAGAAUCCACUCUAUUCUGCAUCCGCAAUGUUCGCCUCCACCUCCUCCUCCGAGGAGCUGUGGAACUCCACCGAGAGUCCGUCGUGGGACAACCGCUCCCGUUGGAACUCUUCCCUGGGCAGGGAGGGAAGGGGGGGUGUCGGGGGCCAGGAGGAUGGGGAGCAGCACCCCUUCCUCACGGACGCCUGGCUGGUGCCCCUUUUCUUCUCCCUGAUCAUGCUGGUGGGCCUGGUGGGGAACUCUCUGGUCAUCUACGUCAUUUCCAAACACCGGCAGAUGAGGACCGCCACCAACUUCUACAUCGCAAACCUUGCUGCCACAGACAUCACCUUCCUGGUGUGCUGUGUGCCCUUCACUGCCACGCUCUACCCCCUCCCUGGUUGGAUCUUUGGCGACUUCAUGUGCAAAUUUGUCGCCUUUCUUCAGCAGGUGACGGUGCAGGCCACAUGCAUCACCCUGACCGCCAUGAGCGGCGACCGCUGCUACGUCACCGUGUACCCGCUCAAGUCGCUCCGUCACCGCACGCCGAGGGUGGCCAUGAUCGUCAGCGUCUGCAUUUGGAUAGGUUCCUUCAUCCUUUCCAUUCCCAUCUUCCUGUACCAACACAUCGAGGAGGGCUACUGGUACGGUCCCAGGCAGUACUGCGUGGACAGGUUCCCCAGCAAGACGCACGAGAGGGCCUACAUCCUCUACCAGUUCAUAGCCGCCUACCUGCUCCCCGUCCUCACCAUCUCCUUCUGCUACACGCUGAUGGUGAAGAGGGUAGGGCGGCCCACCGUGGAGCCAGUAGACAACAACUACCAGGUCAACCUGCUGUCGGAGAGGACCAUCAGCAUACGGAGCAAGGUGUCCAGGAUGGUGGUGGUGAUCGUCCUUCUGUUCACCGUGUGCUGGGGUCCCAUCCAGUUCUUUGUCCUCUUUCAGUCCUUCUAUCCCCAGUACCAGCCCAACUACGCCACAUACAAGAUCAAGACGUGGGCCAACUGCAUGUCCUACGCCAACUCCUCUGUCAACCCCAUCAUCUACGGCUUCAUGGGGGCCAGCUUUCAGAAGUCCUUCAGGAAGACCUUCCCCUUCCUCUUCAAGCACAGGAUCAGAGACAACAGCACGGUGUCCCGGACCGCCAACGCAGAGAUCAAAUUUGUGGCCGCGGAAGAAGGGAACAAUAACAAUGUCGUGAGCGGGAUUGAAUGAACGGAAGGCUGGAAACCGAUAAUGAUUGAGAACAUAAGUACUGCCUUCAUAUUCCGGUAUCCUUAAGGCCUCGGAGACUUACUAAUAGGAGGCUAACUUUGGUUAAAAGAGACUUUUGCGACUUUUGAACCGCAUAUCCUGACCUCAUUCAUGGAUCUCAUUUUGUCUGCUCUGUGAACAUUAGACUGGUCUUAUUUGAUAGUGGAUGUUGGUCCUGACCACAACUGUAGACCUACCGCAUGAAAAGUCAUGGUCUAAUGCUGGAUAAAAGAAUGUCAAGUGCUUUUCUGAUUGACAUUUCUCGCACACAUUUGUAUUUGGUCUAUUGGCCAAUUACAGGACAAAGUGAAUCGACGAAGAAAAAGUGUGAUGGCACACACAUAUAGACUUUGGGAUCACAAAGGAUCACGGGCAACAGAAGCAGCCAUAGACGUCUGAUAAGGCAAAACAAACCUACAUUGUGUGCCCACAGGAAAUCCCUUCUAAUCCACCUAGAGCAGUGGCCAAUUAGACUCAUAUUUGAUAGGAAGCUUGAUGGACAUUUCAGAUUAAUUCCUGUGAUACUCACCGGGCUACAAUGAAUGUAAGACACACGGCUAUUACUAUAACUGCCUUCAGUGCACAAGCUUCCCAUUUGUAAUAUUUCUGCUGUGUGGAGACUGGGUAAUGAGUAGCACUGCUGUUUCUUCAUUGGAAAGGAAGAAACUCACACACAAAUGAAAAAAAAAGUUGAAUUCUGUCUAAUUGUCAGUAUCAAUGUGUGUUUGAUGUCCUGAACUUAGCCACUACUGUUUGUUGGAGCUGUUUGUGAUGCCAGAUAGAGCUUCACAAUGAUUAUAUAGCAUUCCUGUUUUCUAGUGCUUCAUAUCUAAUCUUUGAUUUUCAUCACAAUGUUUUUGUCCAUUCCCAAUUAUAAAUGGAAUGCAGUUGGUGUAUGACAGUAAGUUCAACUGUGUGUGUGUGUGUGUGUGUGUGUGUGUGUGUGUGUGUGUGUGUGUGUGUGUGUGUGU